AUGCUGUUAAAGAUUGAUUCUAACCAAGACUGGUAUGGACGCAGUAAAAAUGGUAAAAGAAAUAGAUUACCUUGCGGUAAGGGACACGUGACACGACUUGUGCACAGUUGUGGGCACAAAACGAUUCACAUCCCUACCAAUAAUCUGUACAUCACAGCAUAUUUUGUGUUUUUCUCGGAGCAGCGAUUCGUAGGUAAAGUGCUGAAGCGUGUAUGUAACGGUUACGAAGAAUAUGCCGCCGAUCGAUUUUUUGAGAUGCAGGUAUUUUUAUGGAUGAUUUUUGUAUGUGCCAUGGCACAUAAAUUACAAUGCGUUUGUUUGUUAGUCUAG